AUGGCAAGGAUUCAGGGCAUUGGUAUACCAUCAUGGCAAGAAACUAGUUCCGAGUCCGGUGCCCGGUUCGGCGGAGGAGCCACGGAGGAGAGUAAGGUCGGAGGCUAUAUAGGUGGAGAUGGUGCGGCUUUGUACCUGAAACCGGUUGUAAUCUAUCUUCCAGGAUCGGAAUACACUUGGCAAGUUGGAGGCGUCGGAAGACACCAGUGCAGAGGGAAGACGCUGUGUAUGAAAUUAUGUGAAACCAUCGGGGGAAGAAACGCAUGUACUCGGCCCCGGCGAUUUCUCGUGAUUUCGUAUAUGACGCUCCUAACAGUCAGUCAAUCGACUAGCCACUUCAUCUGGAACAGCGAGACGCACGGGUAUUCGGUGACUCUGGGGCUGUUGGUGACUACCGGUCGGGACCUGGGGCUACACACCACGUCGACAGGCACACAAGCGGCGCGCGAACUCGCGAAGAACGAUCGCGGAUGCGGUCACAUUGACACUUGGCUUUGA